AUGACAGGCGCCAACUCUCCCUUCGACCAAGACGGCGACAGUCUUAUGCAGUCUGGCAACUCGUCUCCUAAGCCGAGCACUCCGAACGCUCAGAUCCGCUCCAUCGCCAUCUCUGACCUCUCGCCUCCAAACUCUCAAGGCGUUCCUCUGCCUGUCGACAUGCCCACUGUCGCUGCUUCUGCUUCCGGCGCAAACAUGAACGGCAAACGUCCCAUUUCUUCCAUCGACCAGUCGCAAGAUUCACAGGGUGGUGUGCCUCUCGGUGCCGCCAUUCCCACCGAUGCUUCGGUCAAGGCUGCCGCUGCCUACCGCUACACGCAACCAGAGGAUGCUCCCGGCUAUGCUUGGAACAACAAAAAGGCUCAGGAUGACUUUAGCCGUGCUUGGGACACGCUCGUCGACAAGAACCGUAGAAUCGGCAACAAGUACGGCGAUCCGUUCGCCAUGGCCGACCGCGAGCUUGCCAUGAUGAACUCGCGCCAACAGUAG